AUGGUGAAGGUCCUGGAGCAGAAUGAAGUUUCAACCCUCCAGUCUGACAGCUACCUGAGGAACAGAGAGUCAGAGAGGAGCCUGCUGCUACAGCUCUAUCAGCUAGCCUCUGCCUCCCACCUCCCCAUCAUGCAACACUCCCAGAGGCUGGACCAGAGACUCCACAUGCUCAGGGAGGAGGUCAGGACCAUGACUCAAGAGAAGGAGCGAGGGGAGUGGAUUUGGAGGGAUCGACUGCAGCGCUGUCAGAGGCAGCUGAAGGCCAAAGAAGAGGAGAUGAGUCGCCAGUCCCAGUACUUUGAGAACUUUAAAGCCCAACUCCAACACAAGCUCAGCCUGGCCCGGGACAGAGAGCAGAGCCUACAGAACCGGAUCUACACUUUAGAGAAGCAGCUACUGGACAUGACUGUGACUGCCGCCACUGGCAUGGCAACGAUCAGUGCAGUCAGAAUCACUGCCGGGACUGUGACACACCGGGAAGAACAAGAGAGGCUACUUUCCAUGAGAGGAGAGGGUGAAGGAGAAGAGGAGAGAAAGGAGGAGAGGAGGAGGCAAUGGCAGCCAAGUAUGGGAAUUGAGAGAGAAGGGGGGCGAGAGGGUGAUGAGGGAAAGACAGAGAAAGAGAUACAAGGGGGAAGAGUCAAAGACACAAAACAGAACUCAAAUGAAGCACGGCUGCAAGGCUUCAUCCUGAGCCUGCAGGAGGAUCUCAGGGUGCUGCUGGAGAGAGAGGAGGAUGGGAUGACAGAGCAAAGGGGAUUGAUGGAGCAGCUCCAGAAGGCCCAGGAAAACAGCCACUUCCUGGGCUGCAAGGUGGAGGAGAUGAAGGCAGAGGUGCACCUGCUGAAGUUGUCUGAAAGCUCCUUGAUCAAGGAGGUUGAAGAGCUGAGAGAGGAGAACCACAGUCUACAGCAGAUCCUUGGGGAUGCAGCUAAUCAAACACCCAGUCAGUCAUCCACAGUCCCUGAGUCCACGUGCCCGGGUCCUGGGACCAGCUCGCCCAGCUGCAGUCCUGCUGCUUAUCCUGUGCCCUCCCAUACCACUGCCAUGGGACAUUCCUCAGUGGGGAGCUUGGGAGAGGUCUAUCUGACAUCGAAUGAGGAAAUAGGCCAGCCUCACUCAUCUGCAGUUCCACCUGUUCACCACCAGGCCACAGCAGAGAGCACGCAGAACAAUACAGAGGAGCACUCUUUAUCUGCCAAAUCUGAAACUCCACCUAAAAAUUAUCCUCUGAACCUCUUUCGCCACCUUGGCUCCAAAACCAACCCCAGCCUCCAGUUCCUUUCCUUGUCCACAGAGACACUAGAUGAGUUUAAACUGGGGGCCUGGUGCUCCAGAAGGAUCCUUAACCUGGAGGUAAGCCCCAGUGAGGAAUCUGAUGCCCUGAGGGAAGCCUACAGGAGCUUGGGGCUGGGGGAGGAUCUUGAAGCACUUCAAGAACAACGGGACCGCCUGGAGGUCGCCCUGCAGCACACACAGGGACAGCUGCAGAUGAUGGCUCAGGAGAAUACUCAAUUGAAAUUACAACUCAGUAAAGAGGCAGAGGAACAAGAAGCCGAGGCAGAGCAGGGACUUUCAAGAGAAAAGAUUAGCAUACUACCCACCAGUGAUGGAAAAGAUGAUCUUGUCCAGGCCUUGAAUCGGGAGAACCGGGCCUUGGUGGACCGGAUCCAGGAGCUUCUGGCUCACAUUGAGCUCAGAGAAGAGGAGAUCAAGAGGGAGGAAACACAGCUGAGGGAGCAUAUCUCCAAGCUAGAGGCGGACGGAGUCAGGCUGGAGCAGGAGAACCAGGAACAAGGGUGUUUGAUUACAGAACUCACCAAGAAGACUGAGGAUGAUCUCAAUACCAUCAUGGAGCUGCAGCACAGGUUAGAGGAGAGCGAACAGCAUAUGGAGGAAUCACAGGUUGACAAGGAACUGUGUGGAUCUCAGUUGCAAAGUGAAUAUGCAGCUGCAAUAUCAGGAAGUUGUCAACAGAACAACCUCAAAGAAUGUGUGGACGGUCUGGUGAAGAGUGUGCUAAAAGGGGAAGAACCACAGUUGAUGUCCAGUCAACAACCAGACGAUUCGACUACAGCUUCAGCACCUGGAUUUCAACAUAAUAAUCACUAUGAUCCAUUGCAGAACAGCCUACAAAGCAGUCUGCAUGUUAUUUCGCUGACUGAUCAAGUAGGCCAGCUGACCAAGUCUGUCCAGAGCCUCAAAACAGAACAAGAGGAACUGUCGGUUGACAUAAAUUCUCUCAGAGAGCAGCAGAGAGAAGUAGCUCUGUUGGUCCAAACACAGACAGAAGUGAAACAGCAGUUAACUCGGACAGUUUGGGGACUGAAGGAGGAGAAAGACAGCCUCUCUCAAUCUCUGGCUGGUCUCAAACAAGAGAGAGAGCAGCUUACCAGGACAGUCUGUGGGCUGAAAGAUGAGAGAGACCAGUUUGUAAGGUCUAUGAGUAGCCUGAAAGAGGAGAAAGGACAGCUAACUGAGUCUUUAUCUGCUCUCGAAGGAGAAAAAGAGAAACUGUUAGAAUCUCUCUCAAGUGGAAAAGAGGAGAGAGAUCAAAUUAUGCAGUCUCUACAAAGUUUACAGACAGAGAGUGACCAGUUAAGCCAGGCAGUGCUCUAUUUGAAACAGGAGAGAGACGAACUAAGCAAUUCCCUUAAGUGUCUGAAGGAACAGAGAGACAAGGAACAACCAUCGUACACUUUACAUGAAGACCGUGGUAAGUUAAUAAAAUCAGUUAGCAGUUUGAGAGAAGAAAAAGAAAGAACUGAACAUUCAAUCAGUUGUUUGAAACAGGACGAAAAGCAGAUAAAGCUAUUACUUCAGGGCCUAAGAGAGGAAAGAGACAGCCUCAAAACUGCUCUCCCCAGCCAAACACAAACAGAGGGGAGGAAUCAGAAUUGGCAUCUGCUGAAUCCAAACAGUGCUGUUACGACAAAGAAGACUGAGACUCUUGUUGGGUUAGGAGAAUAUGCUACACAAAGAUGUCAGACUGAUGACCACAGAGGAAACUCUCUACAGGAGCAAAGUGAUCUGAUGAGAGAGACUGAAGCUUUGGGAGCAGAACUAAAGAGGUCACAAAACGAACUGGACAAGAGCCAUGCAUAUACCAAGAUGUUGCACAGUGAAUUGUGUCAAUCAGAAGCCAGGAGGGAGGAGGCCGAGAGAAAAGCAGCCCAAGCAGCUGACGAGGUGAUGAGGGUGACAGACGUUGCCAAUCAGAUGGAAGAAACCAAAAAGGAAAAUGACAGCCUCAUAACCCAGGUGAAGGAGCUGCAGAGUAAACUGGCAGGCCUGGUCACGGAGAAGACUGAUGCUCUGUCACUAAAGGCAGAAAUAGAUGAGCAAUACAACAUCCUUACAGCUCAGCUCAAAGCUAAGACGGUGGCUCUAGAGGAGUUAAACUCAGAGUAUAUCGCUCUAAAAGGAGGGCAGGGCAGCAAGGAGGAUCUGAGCACUGUUCUCGUCUCACUCAGGACACGUUACAACGACAUCAGAGCCAAGUAUGAUGCACUCCUGAAAAAGAGGAGCCAGAAGGAUCUGGAUAUAGCUCCUUUAAAGGCCAAGCUGUCUUGCUUGGUGCUGAAGUGUCAGGAGAGGAACAGCUUGUUGGUUCAGAUGAUGAAGGCCAUGCACAGACGAGGCUGUGUGGACUCCACACUCACACAGCAGGUUGAGCAGCUGCUCAGUGACGCUGCUCUGCAGGACUACGCUGCAGCAUUCACACCAGGGAGCAACGUAAAGACCCGGGAUUACAGUACUGGGUUUACACCAAGAUUUAUUUCAAAAUUUCAUGACUACACCAACGGAUUCACACAUGACCAGACCUGCUCUAGUAUACCCCCACUUGUAAAUCAGCAAUACCAAAAUGGACUCACAUCUGAAUCUGGAGUAAAAAGUGAAAAACACACAUCUUUAGUUACCACUGAAUUCACAACAAAUCGUCAAGACUGCAGUAGUAAAGUCACAUCUGCACCAACUGGAACACUAAAGAAAAAUGCCAACUCACCUGUGCAACGGCAUGCCAGUGUCCAAGUAACACCAUCACCUGUUGUUCGUUCACUGAAAGAGAGCUUGAUCACCAAUACAGCACAGCUCUCUCCCUCUGCUAGUGGACCAGUUCAAGCAACCAGUGGACCCGAGAAACUUGGACUUCAUCAUCCAGACAUGAAAGGGAAGUCCUUCCCAGAUCCGGCCAGUUCGACUGGAUCCUCACUGAGUCCCGCUCCUCCCUCCUCUAGCACACGUGUGAGUCGGAGCAGGAGGCUGAGUAGUCCUGAGAAGAUCAUCAACCUACAUGAGCAACUGCAGAAGACUCUAAUGAGCAGCUAUCAGGCUCCUGUGAGCAGAGGAAGAGGACAGCAACCCAGGAAAAGUCUCUCUUGUUCAGCUCCUGCAGACCUGAAACCAGCCUCUCAGACAAAGACGCAGAGCCUCAGUUUCGAUACGCCACAUACCAACUCUCUCCCAGUCACCACUGAUUCGAGCCCAGCUAAGCACACUCCAGCAGUGACAACCACACCUGUUGCCACUAAUAAGUCAACAACACUUUUUAAUGCAGUCGCCUCUAGAUCUGCUAAUGUUACAUUCAGUCCCAACAUGUUUACUAACCAUCACUUUAAAGCAGACAUAUCUAAAACAACAGCAUCUGCUCUUUCUAGCUCUUCUGACUUUACUUUUGCCACUAUGGCACCUGGCAAAUCCACCUCAAGCAGUGCUGCUAAUGUAACAAUAUCCCCAAAACUGACAAAGAAAACCACUGCUAACCCUGAUGUAUCUGAUGCUAAACAUACGGCUUCUACUCCUUUAACCCUGAGGACCACUACCUUUGACUCUGAUGUCUUAAUAUGUUCAGACACGAAUCCAAAAACCACUGCCUCAGACACAACUGCCCCUAGCAUAUCAACCGCCCCUGAGGCUAAUCAUUUUAACAUGCCUUCUAAAAUGGAUGGUGCUGCCCCUGCAUAUGACGGACUUGUAUUUGCUGCAUCCUGCACUCAGUCUGCUCAUCGCUCUCCUGAGAGAUCCAACAAGUCUGCCAGAAAGUCCACAGCUGCUCUAGAAAAGACCAAGACAGCAAGACCCAAACCAGCAUUACAAGCAUUGCUAUGUACAAGCAAGAUAGAUAGAUCUUUUUUUGUCCGCUCACCUCUGGAAGCUCCAGCCGAGGUUCGCUCUGUUGAGGUCAUCAAAACAGUCGGCCAGAGCAGCCUCAUGAUUGGCUGGGAGAGGCCGCCACUUGACGAGCUGGGCUGCAGUAAUGGCACAUUUGUGUACGGAUACAGGGUGUUUGUAGAUGGGGACUUCCACAAAUCUGUCAUGAGCUCAGCGUGCACCAAGUGUAUUCUGGAGAAUGUCGACCUGAGAGUCCCAGUCCACAUCAGUGUCCAAACACUGGGCUCUAAUGGUCUCAGUUCAAACAGUGUCCACACCAUGUACAGGACCUCAGUCAGAACAGACCACCACACCUCAGUGUCCUGACUACAGCAAAUGUAAUGGUGACAUAGGUUAACAAUGUUUCUGUAGGAUUAUAGCAACUUCUUGGUGAAAACCUUCACCGCCAGUGGCCGAGGUUUGAAUGCCAUCUAUAGCUACAGCCCUCUGAGGGACUGUCCUAACCUCCACCUCAGCAGACAGCGAGGGACACGCCGUCACACUGCCUCAGGCUCAGUUAAAGCAAUCAGAAAAACUCAUCUCACGUUGUCAUUACCCAGUCCUGUAACCGGCCCCUAAACCUCAAAACGAUUAACUGAAGAUGUCAAACAAAACACAAUGUAAGAUAUCCUGCCUCUGCUCUGAGAGUUAAUCUGCAUGUGAGAGCAGAUGAAGAUUAGCUACAUCCUUUUGGGAAGAACUUCCUAUUUUAGAGUCCCGCCCACUGGAUUCACCUCUUGAAUGGCUAGGACGUUGUGACAGCCAGGUGAAGGGCCAGAGCGGCAGCCAAUCAAACAGAUCCUGACAAACUAAUAAAAAGUGUUACUUCACUACAAACUAUAUGAAGCCAAGAUCAAUCACAUAGUCAAAAGCUGCCUGUGACGCCAAUAUUUACUAACAUUGUUCAACCAAGACAGAAAAUGUUGGAGGGACGUCUGCAUCUGCUGCACAUUUUAACACUGUGUUAAACACUGAGAGAUCAAGUGUCAUAUUGCUUCAUCUGCCUCUCUGGACUCUGUGACAUGGACAGCUGGCUAAAGGGACAUUUCACUGUAUGAAAAGCCUUUUUAAAGCAACACACACUGUAUAAUGUGCCGAUGCAACAUUGUACCCGAAGCUCAUCUUACUUGAUUUUUACACACAAAGCCAAAUAUGAGAAAAGAUGAUUCACUCCAAAGACUUAUCUGUUUCCUUCUCCUCAUAGGUCUACGGGAUUACUUCAAACACAGAAGCCAGGUGUUAUUUAAGUUCUGAAAUUUGCACACAGUCAUUAUUGAUGUCUAGAAGAUGAAAUUAAAAAAGAAGAGAUUAUCACUGAUAUUUUUUGUAGAGAAUAUUAUAAAAAUAUGCCAAUGUACCACAUACUGUCUUUUUGUAUGAGUGACACUUUGUUUUUCAUACCUAAUAGAUGUUAUGUUUGCACGCUCACAUUGUUUUUUUGUUUUAUACAAUGUUCACAACACACUAUAUGAUGUUCUUUUGCUACUUACUGUAUGUACGGGUGUGGAGUGAUCAUGGUGCAGCAAAGGUAUUUUUAUAGCAGUAAUUGAAAAUAUUGAUUUACCAUGGAUUCCUUACGACUGUACAGAGAAUAAAUGUUUAUAUAAUAUUAACUGUCA